AUGGUAUGGAAUAAGCCAGAGCUUCUACAGGAGAUCCUCGAGCUUAUCCCUCGCGCACGGUACCUCACAAUAGACUCAGAGUUCUUCUGUGGCCAGGAAAUGGCUAUGCCCAGCUUUCUUACUCCCGAAGCUUUUUAUGAAAGAUAUCGGGAGCACCAUCGGAAUCAGUACAUUGCCCAGCUUGGCAUUACUAUCGCCAUUCCAGAUCCAUCUAUUUCGGCAUCCGACUCCAUCAAUACUCAAAUUUAUUCUCCAAACAAAGCUUGUGAGAGGCUUGGACUUCCUCACCUCUUUGACUCUUCCUUCAGGCGUUUCUCGCUGAACACCCGGGUCUCAGAAGUCACUAAAUUCUCGGUCGAAACCCUUACUUUUUUGAAGUCGAACGGCUUCAGCCUCGAUAAUUGGCUCGAUACAGCAGUGGAUCUAACCACACACCCCAGGGCUGUGAUUGAUCAAUGCGCACAAUUCUGGACACGCAUCUUUGCAGCGAUAGAUUCUGUUCACGGGCCAAAGGGCUUCGGGACCGCUGGAGCAAUAGCUCCUGAAGUCUUUCAAGCAUUAAAUCCAAAUGGAAAUCCAAAUGGGAGCCAACCGGACAAGAAGGCGUCAAGUGGGAUAGCCAAGAAAUGCUUACAGGAUGCGUGUGGGCUAAGCACUAAUUUCCUUGCUCCUGUGGCACACGCGACAGGGUUUGCUGAGGGCUCUAUCCCGCAGGUUUUCUUCACAUAUACAGCAGGUUGUCUCUAUGAAACAGCUGUCUCUAUAGAUUAUAGCACCCUCUUUGACUAUCUUGGCUUUUUCUUGUCUGAGUUCCAGCGUGAGAACGCCAGCUUCAAUUCAGAUAAGAAACUUGAGUACUACAUCACCAUCACUCCUGAUAAUGGAUAUCCCUAUGCGGUAGUCGCAAACUACGUUGAUCUGUUGCGAGAAGAUAUCGACUCUCUGACUGGAGACUGCUCUCUAGAUCUAGAGGCUAAAGUGCAUGCAUCUGCUCACUACUACCACCGUAGUAACAAGAGCAAUCCAAAAAUACUCUUAUCCAUACGUAUUUGGCGCACCCGGGAAGAGGCUCAGCUUCAUACGCACCAAGUGAUCCAAAAGAUGAAGACUGAGCUCUAUGGUCUGCGGGCAUUUACUGAUGCUGUCUGCAAACAUAACGUGCCUCUUGUGCUCUUUUCUGGCUGCACUGACAUUUACUUGACACUGGCGUCUGUCUAUGGAGAGCACUAUCUUUCUACCUAUGCUCAGUUUCUCACCUUAGUUUCCAACACCUUCCCGCGCUGUUUUGACCUGAAGAUCUUUGUAGACUUGCCUCCCAUUAUCAAUCACCUCAAGACCAAUCUCUCCUUAGGCUCUCGUUCCUUGUCACAGAUCUUCAAGAUAACAUCGUAUGGUCUCCAGUCAGCACAGUCAGAUGCAGAUGAUAAUAACAUGGUGCACGACGCGGGCUACGACAGCUUGAUGACAGCUCUUUCAUUUGAAUGGGUUCUUGGCCACUUCCUCGCCAUAACCGGAACAAUCUCCCUCGAUGAUCACAAGCGUUUGCUCUACAAGGUCUCUUCUAUCAAGGUCAACAAAGAUCUACCCACAACUGAUCUUCCAUUAUUUUUCAAUUACUGCUGGGAUAAGUUCUACAUCCACCAGAGCGCGUUUCCAUAUUCAUUAAAAGAUCACACUUCUCCAGUUAGUAGUGUUGACACCCAUCAGCCAACUCUCACCCAGUAUGUCCUCUAUCCCGUCAAAGACCUUAGCGUUGUGGUAAAAGCGCUCUAUCCCCUCUCAUCUCACCUCAAAAAAAUGUACCCCGACCGUCCUUGUCACUAUUAUAUUGAAAGAGGCAGAGAUCAUGGCCGUGUGUACAUUCCCACAACACACCCCGGUGCUGCCACAAUCCUUAAUGAGGUCAUCAAUGCAGAGAGUUCUGGAAGUCAAUAUUCUUAUGUAGACACAAGUAUCGCUGAGCUACACACGCUUCAAUAUGCUCAGAAGAGCUUCUGA